UCAUAUAAGAAAAGAGUAGAGGAUAAAAGAGAGAAGAAAGUGAUGAUGUGAUUGCAGAGAGCUUCAAUUAAAGUUGAAACUCAAAACUUCACUUAAUUUGUGAAAUAAACUGCUUCUGUAUGUUGUUGCUGAAUUAAUGCCAGAAGAAGCUGCUGCUGCUGCUGCUGCUGCUGCUGCAUCAUCUGAAGAAGACUUGAGUGGGGGUGAGCUGGAAAGUUUUCAGAUCAACCAAGACUCCCAGCUGAAAGAGAAGCUCCUGCAAAAAUACAGGGGUUAUAUUAGUAAUUUGAAGCAUGAAUUUUCAAAAAGCAAUAAGAAGAAAGGGAAGCUACCAAAAGAGUCCAGGCAAAUAUUGCUCAACUGGUGGAAUGUUAACUACCAAUGGCCAUAUCCCACGGUUGUUAGUGCUGCAGGAAUCGGACAAGGCAAUCCUGACGGUGUCAACUGGACUGGAUCCCAAACAGAUCAACAACUGGUUUAUAAACCAAAGGAAACGGCAUUGGAACCCACCGGAGAAGAUGCAAAUUGAUGUUGUGGAGGGUUUAUAUGGACCUUUUAUUAAUGAAGAAUAAUCUAUAUAUAUACUGGACUAGAGGGUGCGCACACUUUGACGGUAUGGGAUUUGAUUAGGGUUUUAAUAAUAAAUUUAUGUAUUAAAAAUAUAAUAAAUUAUUCUCUUUUAU